AUGCUUUUUACACAGGAAAUCGUCGAAUGCAGUCCGGAAAAGCUGGCAGCCCGACAAGCUGUCAAUCUCCAUCUGGAGAAAGCCACCAAUACGCAGACACACUGGACAGAUGCCCCGAAUAUUGAAGAAUAUCGUCGUUGGCGAAGGGAGGGACUGAAUGGGUUUACCAAAAAGUACGAACACCCCAGAGCUACCACAAUUGAGAUACCCUCCGCCCAUGGCCCGCAUUUGAUACCACUUCGUAUCAUCCCUCCGAGUGGGGAGGCAAGAGGGCUCUUUCUUCACUUCCACGGCGGUGGCUUUGUCCUUGGAUCUGCUGCAUCGCAAGACGAUAUGCUUGGAACUAUCGCAGAUGAGCUUUCCCUCGUGGUGGCUUCUGUCGAAUACAGAUUGGCUCCGGAACAUCCUUUCCCUGCGGCGACACAUGAUUGUUUGGAUGCUGCGCUAUUUGCUCUGUCCGACGAAGGGGCUGCCAAACUUGGGGGAACUCUUCGUGUGAUGGGCGGGGAUUCUGCUGGCGGUUAUCUGACCAUGUACACUGCAAUCCAACUACGGAACCAGGGCAUUCCCGUACGGGAAAAGAUCGUUGCGCUGGUGUCCUCCUAUGGUGUCUUUGACCUGUCCAUGACACCAUCACUGCGGAGUCAUAAGCGACGGAUUCUGCUUGGCUUCGACGACGCUGCUGGUCUUCUGGAGCAUUAUGUCCAGACCGAAAAAGCCCCGGAGGAUCGAAGAGACCCUUGCCUCUCACCGCUCUACGACGAUCUUAGCAAUCUUCCCCCCACCCUAUUCCUUGUGGGGACUGCUGAUCUCCUCGUGGACGAUAGCACCUUCAUGGCAAGUCGCUAUGCCCUCGCUGGCAAUGAAACCGAGUUGAAAAUCAUUCCGGAAGCUUGCCAUGGAUUUACUCUUGUUCCGGAUAUCGAGGUAUCCGUUGAGGGUAAUCGAUUGAUCUUGGAAUACAUCCGUGCGCGCUUAGAUUAA